AUGCGGACUCACACAGGGGAGAAACCUUACAAGUGUGAAGAGUGCAGCAGACAGUUCAGUGAGCUGAGUAAUCUGAAGAAACACAUGCGGAAACACACGGGCGAGAAACCCUACCAGUGUGAGGAGUGCAGCAGGCAGUUCAGUGAGCUGUGUAACCUGAAGCAUCACAUGCGGACUCACACAGGGGAGAAACCCAACAAGUGUGAGGAGUGCAGCAGGCAGUUCAGUCAUCUGAGUGCUCUUAAAAGUCACAUGCGAGCUCACACAGGGGAGAAACCCUACCGUGUGAGGAGUGCAGCAGGCACUUCAGUGAAAGAGAUAGUCUUAGAAAGCACAUAA